AUGUCGUCACCUCCGAAAGAUAAAGAUAAAGAAUUAAAAGCUGGUCAUCCGCCAGCAGGUCUGUUGAAAACUUUCUUCUGAAAACAAAUUUGUUAUUGGGUCGCGUACAUGAAAAGAGACGGUCGCUAAAAUUCGCUAAUUACGAUUUACAAAUAUUUUGUUAUUAAAAUCUUUGUAGUUAAAGCAGGAGGAAUGAGAAUAACUUCAAAGCAUCAUCAAUCUCAGCAUCCAGCACCAACACCUGAGGAGAAAGCCGAGGAGGAAGAAUUUGCAGAGCCUAAAGAAAAGUGAGUCCCCAUAUGUGUGUACAAGUUUCGUCCUCUCAUGUACAGAUACGUGUAACGAAUAAUUUCCGAAGUUUUGCGUACACCGUACAACUUUCACCAACAAUUUUAACGUUUCAACUAUACAUAAUUCAUUUCAUUGUUCCGAGAAAAGGAUUUUUAAAGGUUGUGAAAUAUUUUUGCGAAUUUAACUCGAGCGCUCUCUGUCCCUUCCCCACGUGCCGUGUUUCACGUUUGUUGCGUGACUAUUCUGCCAAAUUGUUGUUGUGUUGCGUGACAGUUAAUUAUAGCCAUGUUGAUAAGUAUUUUAAAAUUUUCGGCAAAUAUCUCGCUAAGAACUUAAAAAGUAGUUUUGAGUUUUGGAGCAUUUAGCAGACAUGUUUCUUCAAGCAGCUAAAAUUUGUUCAGCUGAGGCCAUGCGUUUGAUAUGUUUCGAUUUUCAUAGCCAGACUGACUACUUUGAUUUAGAAAAGUGUAGCGAAUUCUUGUGUACUUUUCCCUAUUUUGUGAUGUUGCUUGAAAGUUAUAUAGUACUUACUUGUUGAUGAAAAGAAUUAACAAUUGUCGAAUUUUAUUUCAGGGCCUCUGAUCAGAAAGUUAUUGUUUCAGGGGUAUUGACAAAGGGGAAUGCAGAUUUUAAGGCAGAUGCUAUUAAGGUGGCUCAUGAGAAGCCCAUGCCACAACAUGAAAAACGACCAGCAGGUGGCGCAGGAAAGACUGCAGCAAUGCACAUUCAACAACCUAGGAAGCAGUAG